AUGAACGAUCAUAGAACAUCUUCAAUUGAUUGCCGACGUUCGCGACGAUAUAUAGCUCAAGAUUAUUUACUUAUUUGGCUUCAUAAUGAUACUAAUGAAACAAAUGAAGAGUAUCAAAACACAUUGAAACAUCUAAGAAAUCUAGUUGAUACGAUCGAUAUUUUUACCAAUCCAGACGAAUGUGUGAAUUUUUUUACUGAAUUCAAUGAUAUGAAAACAUUUCUGAUAAUAAAUGAUACGAUUAGUGAAGAAAUCAUUCCUCUUAUUCAUGAUUUACCUCAACUUGAUCAAAUUUAUAUAUUUUCUCGUACUACUUUAUUGUCUUCUGAAUGGAUAGGAAAAUGGACAAAGAUAAAAGGUAUUUCUGCGGAAAUGACAUCUUUAUGUGCUACAUUAAAACUGAUGAUUAGACAACACAAUCAAGAUUCGAUUGCUACUAGUGUUAUUUCACUCAGCGAGAUUAAUCCAAACAAAAACCUAAAUGAAUUAGAAUCUACAUUUAUGUAUUCACAGAUUUUCAAGGAUAUUCUCUUAAAGAUGAAUUAUAAUGAUAAUUCCAUCGAUGAAUUCGUUCAAUUCUGCCGAAAGAAUAAGUUUGGAUCACCAACAAAUAUUGAUUUAUUCGAAAAAGAGUAUCAUAAUCGAUCAUCCAUUUGGUGGUAUACAUGGCCAGGUUUUAUCUAUCCAAUGCUCAAUUCUAGUCUUCGUACUUUAGAAAGUGAUGUGAUUAUUAAGAUGGGCUUCUUUAUUUAUGAUUUACAUAAGCAAAUUGAACAAUUAUAUAAUGAACAACGUGACAGUUAUCAUGAAGAAUCAUUGAAGGUUUAUCGUGGACAAGGAUUAUCUAAAGAACAUUUUGAAAAAGUUAUCAAAGCAAAAAAUGGUUUAAUCUCUUUUAACAAUUUCUUGUCAACUAGUAAAGUAGAAGAAGUUUCGGUGGGAUUUGCAGUCAUUGCUUCUACAAUUGCUGAUACAGUUGGAGUACUCUUUGUGAUCUCUAUCGAUCCUUCUGUUUCAUCAGCACCAUUCGCAUGUAUUCAAAAACAUAGUUAUUUCGAAUCUGAAGAAGAAAUUCUCUUUUCUAUGCAUACCGUAUUUCGUAUUAGAGAUGUGAAACGAAUUAAUAAUAAUGAUGAACUCUAUCGAAUCGAACUUCAACUAACUGCUGAU